GGAGCACGGAAAUGCGGAGUCCAGCAGGCGUCCCGAUAUUUACAUGAGAGAGCAGAGCAGGAUCACUCGUGCUACUCAGUAAUUUUUGAUACAAGAAAACCCCUGAAAAAACAACUCCACAGAAUGGGACGACUCCAAAAGAAGUAAAAAAACUGAAGAGGAGCUUGUUAUUAAAACAGAAGGAGAGCCGCUCUGUUCGCCAUAUCUCCUCAUAGUCAUGGCUCCUCCUCCACACCUCCAACAUCUCAUCCUGCUCCUCCUCUCGGCACAGCUGUGUAUGGGUGGCAGUUCUCAUAGGAACAGCAACAGUAGUGCAAAUGGCCUCAAGAGUCCCUGUUUUGAGAAAGUCCAAUGUCAACCUGGGAUUCUACUUCCUAUCUGGCUGCCAAAGGACCCCUCAUUCGCAAUGCAGGCCAUAAGAGCAGUGAUUUACUUUUCAUCACUUCUGUACAUGUUUCUGGGUGUGUCCAUUGUUGCAGACCGCUUCAUGGCUGCCAUCGAGGUCAUCACCUCACAGGAGAAAGAGGUGACUGUGACAGGUGCAAAUGGAGAGAAGACUGUAAUGACAGUUAGAAUCUGGAAUGAGACUGUCUCCAAUCUCACACUCAUGGCCCUGGGUUCAUCAGCCCCUGAGAUACUGCUCUCUGUAAUAGAGGUGUGUGGACAUGGUUUUGAGUCAGGAGAAUUGGGCCCCGGCACUAUAGUGGGCAGCGCUGCAUUUAACAUGUUCGUGAUAAUCGGAGUGUGUGUGUGGGUGAUACCUGACGGAGAGGUGAGGAAGAUCAAACACCUAAGAGUCUUCUUCAUUACCGCAUUCUGGAGUAUCUUUGCGUACAUCUGGCUCUACCUCAUCCUGGCAGUCAUCAGCCCUGGCAUUGUACAGGUCUGGGAGGCACUGGUCACACUCUUCUUCUUCCCUGUGUGUGUACUCAUGGCAUGGAUUGCUGACCGCCGCCUGCUCUUUUACAAGUACUUGCACAGACGUUACCGUGCUGAUAAACGUCAUGGUAUCAUUGUGGAGAUGGAGGGUGAGCUAGCACCCAGAGGCAUCGAUGCCAUCAUGGGGGAAAAAUAUCAAAACAACACCACUGGCACCAUCGUCAAUUUGGAUAAAAAUAAAGAGGCUGAACAGGACAGAGAGGAGGUGAUCCGUAUGCUAAAGGACCUCAGGGAGAAGCAUCCGGAGAAAGACCUGGACCAGCUGAUUGAGAUGGCAAACUAUGCCACCAUUCAGAAACAGCCCAAGAGCCGGGCCUUUUACCGGGUGCAGGCAACACGCAUGAUGAUCGGUGCCGGGAAUGUACUGAAGAAACAUGCAGCAGCCGGACAGGCAAAAAGGGCAGCUGCAGAUUCAGGUGAUGAUCUGGCCACCUGUGCUCACAUUGCUUUUGAGCAGGCACAGUACCAGUGCAGAGAGAACUGCGGGACUGUCAGUCUAUGGGUCUGCCUGCAGGGGGGAACAGGUAUCAGAACCUUCCAUGUCGAUUACAGGACAGAGAACGGCUCUGCUAAUGCUGGAGCUGAUUAUGAUUAUUGUGAGGGAACGAUCGUGUUUCAGCCUGGAGAGACACGCAAAGAAAUAAAGGUGGGCAUUAUUGAUGAUGAUAUGUUUGAGGAAGAUGAACACUUCUUUGUGCGUCUCUCAAGCCUGCGAGAGGGGGAGGCCGGGGCGAACACUGAUGGUGCUCGACUGGUUGAACCCUUUGUAACCACAGUAACAAUUCUGGACGAUGACCAUGCAGGAAUGUUCUCAUUUACUCAACGGGAGCUUUGCGUGGGUGAAUGCUCAGGUGUGGUGGAGGUGCUGGUGAACCGAACCUCAGGUGUGCGCGGGACCGUUAUGAUCCCCUAUCACACAGAGGACGGUUCUGCACGACAGGGUGUUGACUAUGAACACACACAAGGAGAGCUGGAGUUUACCAAUGAGCAGACUAGUAAGACACUACAGGUGCGAAUCAUUAACAUGCAAGAACAUGAGAAGCGAGAACAUUUCUACAUUGUCCUCGAAGGACCCAAAUGGCUCAAGAGAGGCAUCUCAGCCACCCCUGGUCCAGAAGUGGAGGAGGCCAGACGUAUAGCCGAAAAGGGAAAGCCCAUUUUGGGAGAACAUAGCAGGCUAGAGGUCAUUAUAGAGGAGAGCAUGGCCUUCAAGGUCCGACAGGAAAUGGCCCCUAAUGGAGUCUUAGAUGCGAAUACAGUAGACCGUCUGUUGAAGGACACAAAUCUUGCCGAAGUAAUUGGCACACACUCCUGGAGAGAACAGUUCAUCGAGGCAGUAACAGUCAGUGCAGGUGAUGAGGAAGGAGGAGAGCCUCAGCGACCAUCUUGCUGUGAUUAUUUCAUGCAUGUGAUGACAGUGUUCUGGAAGGUUCUGUUUUCGUUUGUUCCACCCACGGAGUACUGGAAUGGCUGGGCCUGCUUCGUUGUGUCCAUUCUGGCUAUUGGGCUACUUACCGCUGUCAUUGGAGACUUGGCAUCUCAUUUUGGCUGCACGGUGGGCCUCCGUGACACUGUGACUGCAGUAGUGUUUGUUGCCUUAGGAACUUCCAUACCGGAUACAUUUGCAAGUAAGUUUGCUGCUGUACAGGAUCAAUAUGCAGAUGCUUCGGUUGGAAACGUAACCGGUAGCAACGGCGUUAAUGUCUUCCUGGGAAUUGGCUUGGCCUGGUCCAUUUCAGCCAUAUACUGGGAGGUCAAAGGUCAGGUGUUUUACGUAGAUCCUGGCUCACUUGCUUUCUCGGUCACACUCUUUACCAUCUUCGCCUUCAUCAACAUUGGUGUGCUGAUGCUACGGCGACGGCCAUCGGUGGGCGGAGAGCUGGGUGGGCCAAAAAUGACCAAGGUUCUGACUACAAUGUUGUUCAUUGGUUUGUGGCUUCUCUACGUCACAUUCUCCAGCCUAGAGGCCUACUGUCACAUCACUGGCUUCUGAGGACAAAGAAAGAGAGAAAGACUCAAUAAAUGCAGAUAUACCCUGACGAAUAUGGCAUACAGAAGUUAAGUUAAGGUUAAACUAUGUGAGAACUGAGCUGUGAGAGAAAUGUACACUAAUUAUGGUGGUAUUGACUAUUGUCUGUGGUAAUGUGUCCAUAGAAAUAGGUAUGCAUUUUCUGUACACACAAACAUACCUAAAAAGAGUGAGUGAGCGAGUGAGUGAGAGAUAAAGGGUGAGUGAGUGAAUGAGAGAGAGAGAGAGAGAAUGAGAGAGAGAGAGAGAUUGUGAGAGAUAACAAGAUAAUACAGUUGUAUGUUUGCAACUUUGAGUUGGUGUCUCCAACUCAAAGAAUUUCAAAUACAUCCAAAACACAUUGACGGUAUUAUUAACUUUGAUUUUUUUAGGUUACCAGACCUUCACUGACACAAAGGACAUUAACACGUGCAAUCAUGUAUGUAGCACUAGUUCUUGAACUGUCAUUUUAUAUUCUCAUUCAAUGACUGGUAAUUGUUGUACCUGUGAAGUUAUGUACAUCUCUGAAAGAGAGAAGGCGCUCUUGACUCUCCACAGUGGUUUACCAAAGAACACUUUGACAAGUGAGACUGAACUUGUUUUGCUAGUUUCACUGAAGAAUGUGAGACGCAACACUGAUUAUAAGACAUUAUGGGACCUAUCUUGCACAGUUCAACAAAGUAAUAAUGUAUUAAGUGAUAAUAGUCAUUAUCAUAAUUCACAUUAAUAAUAUAUUUACUCAAAUGAGGAUAUGUAAUAUUUGUCACUUUAUG